GUAGUGGCCAUAGUUGACAGGGUCUUAUCCUGUGGUCCUUAGGAAGUCAGUCAAUAGGUUAGUGUGUCCGGGUAGGGCGACGUGGUGAGGAGUGGGACCCUUGUCGUGCACCAACACCACGAUGGACGAUUACCCGAUGUAUGGGUUGCUGGUUGGGUUCUCCCUCUGGGGGACCCUCUGGCGUCUCCUCUUUCCUCUGGGAUUUUGGCAUACCUUUGCGUGUAGAGUAGGGCCCACUCGAAGUGGUACCGCCACCCAACCAUACACGAAGGAGGAGGAGGAGAAGAUGGCCGCCAUCCUGCAGGAGAGGAAGGAGAAGAAGGAGGCCAAGAAGAAGGCUUUGAAAGAGGAACAGGCGGCCAAACUAAAGAAGAUGGAAGAAGAGAUGGCCAGGGAGAAAGAGAGGUUGAAAAAGGAAGAAGAAGAGAAGCUGGAGGAGGUGGAUGAAGAAGAGGAAGGACCGCCACUGCAAAAGAGUGGGCAGCACAGCGGCAGCAGCAGUGAUGAGAUGGAGAAGAAGAUUUCGGAGUGGGUCGCCAACUUAUCCCUGGUUGAGGAGGAAGAGUUUGCUAUUUACAUCCCUAAGGAUGAGCAAGAAGCCGCCAUGAAGAAAUGGGAAGCAGAAAAAGAUGUUCUGACGCGGCGGGCGAUGGAGGAUGAACAGAGGAUGGCGUGGAAGCUCGCAGUGAUGAGGGAGAAGAAGAGAAGAGUGGAGGCGGCGAAUGCAGCAAUGCAAGAACUAGCGGAGAGCGUUGACCGGUUAGCUAAAGUGCAAGAAAAGCAUUAUGAGUUUAGUCGCAGCCAGGAGAUAUCCGUGCGUUCGAUGCGAACGGGAUUACGAGAUUUUGCUCGCGAACUAGUAGGCGCUGUGGGAUCCGAGGUAAGUCAUCGCCUCGAGAAGACUGAGCGUUUUUGUGUCGGCGCCAUCGAAGGCGUCAAGGUGGCCGCUCCCAAGGAGGAGGAGGCCCGUCCUCGCAGGGAGCCAGUCAAAGUCAACUUCCCUGAUUCCUACAGUGGGAAAAGGGAAGAGAACUUUUACAAUUGGGAGGCCAAUGUUAAGACCUAUGUGCAUUUGCAACAGGUCUCCCCGGAUCAGCAGGUCUUAAUUGCGAUCCAUGCACUUAGAGACGAGGCCGCCAGUUUCGCGAGAUCCCUUGUUCGUGCUGCCAACUGUAGUGACGAUCCAGUUGCGUACUCCUCGUUUACGUCCCUCAUUGAAUUCUUGAAGCUGCUGCGCGAGCAAUUCGCUGAUGUUGCCCGUAGUGUCAAAGCCUCAGAUAGGCUUCAGACAAUACACUCGCGCCAAUGGAAAAGUGCAAGGGCACUCAAGGGCACAAUGGAUGAGUUGGUGGCUGUUCCUGACCACAAGGUCACGGAAACCCAGUUGGUCAACCUUUUCUACCGGGCUAUGCCCGAAACGCUACGUGGUCACUUCUUUGAUAAGAGUCAGGUCACGUUCGAGGCGAAGUCUGCGUCGAUUUCAACCUUCUGGCACAAAGAUUUAUACAAGGGCAAAAAGUGGAAGGGCCGCACUAUCUUAGGGCAAGUCAAGACCAAGGAUAACCUUGUGCUCACUUUAGAUGAGGGUAGUGUGGACGAGAUCCCCUACGACCAGAUUGAGUGGGGGUUCGAGGAGGAGGACAGUAGUGUGGGCCAGGGGAGGACUUACGCUGCUGUCGCGGCUGGAGGGAGGCCGCAAGGAGGACGAGGCCAAGGCCAAGGGGGCCGGGCCUCAGGGAACCGGUUCCAGGGCGAUCAGGGGGUUGGUGGCAGAGGAGGGAACCGCCAAGCGGGAGAGGGAGUUCAGGCGUAUUUCCGCCUGAAGAAAGAUGGGAAGGUGGAGAAGGUCCUCCACUCCCUAACUCUCCUCGUAGAGGACAGCCUCCCAUUUGAUAUAGUACUGGGAAUGGAUUGGGGAAAGGCAGCCGGGGCAAUGCUCCAUCUGAAGGAGCACGAAUGUAGACUCCCUAGUUCUGGAGGCGAGGCUAAGACUGCGCGCCUGUUUCAUGUGUCAGGAGUAGAAAAUUCCUUGGCACGUUGCUGCCUUAGUGCCCCUGCGUUCGCCAGAUUGGUGAAGAAGGAGAAAUUAGAGGAACAGGUCUUUGUUGCCUAUGUUAGGCCCGUCACUGAGCCUACGGAAGAGAAGCUGAUGGACCCUGCGAUUGCCAAGCUGCUGGAGGAGUUUAAGGAUUUGACUGAGUUGCCGACAGGCACGGUGCCGUGGCCCAUCCAGCACCGUAUCGAGAUAGAGCCUGGCAGUAGAACUCCUAAGGGUGUUGUGUAUAGGAUGUCCCCGCGGGAGUUAGAGGAGCUUCGCAAGCAAUUAGACGAGCUCCUCGAGAAGGGUUGGAUUAGGCCCAGUUCGUCUCCUUUCGGAGCGCCUGUUCUCUUUGUUCCUAAGAAAGAGGGAGAGCUGAGAAUGUGCAUAGACUAUAGGGGUCUGAAUGCUAUUACAGUAAAGAAUGCCUUGCCACUACCUAGGAUCGACGAUCUCUUAGAUCGAGUGCAGGGGGCUAAGUAUUUCUCUAAGAUAGACUUAAAGUCCGGAUAUCAUCAGAUAGAGGUACACCCUGAUGAUCAGUAUAAGACAGCCUUCCGGACUAGGUACGGGCAUUAUGAGUUUAUAGUGAUUCCCUUUGGAUUAACCAAUGCGCCAACAACUUUUCAGCGGUGUAUGAAUGAUUUGUUUAGGCCGUGGUUAGACAGAUUCGUUGAAGUUUAUCUAGAUGACAUCCUAGUGUUUAGCCGGACCCGCGAAGAGCAUCAGGGUCAUCUCAGGCAAGUCUUGGAGAAGCUGAGAGAAGCUGACUUCAACAUCAAUGCAAAGAAGUGUGAUUGGGUGAAGACCCAAGUUUUGUAUCUAGGCCACGUCUUAGACGGAGACGGCGUUAAGCCAGAAGAUAGCAAGAUCGCAGCGAUUAGAGAUUGGCCCACGCCACGCGCAGUGUUACAACAAGACGAUGGCAAUGGCUAUAGACCCGUAGAGUUUAUGUCCGCUAGAAUGCCUUCAGAGAAGGUUGCGACAUCUACCUAUGAGAGGGAACUCUACGCUCUCAGGCAAGCVUUAGACCACUGGAAGCACUAUUUGCUUGGGAGACACUUCAAAGUCUAUUCGGACCAUGAAACGUUACGAUGGUUAAAGACCCAGGCCAAGAUGACACCUAAGCUUACUAGGUGGGCCGCCGAAAUAGAUCAGUACGACUUCGAGCUCAAGCCUGUCAAAGGGAAGUUCAAUGUAGUCGCGGAUGCUCUGAGUAGGAGAGCAGAUUACUUUGGGGCAAUAGUACAUUACCUCGAUAUAGGAAAGGAUCUGCAGCAGAAGGUUAGAGAAGCCUACGCGCAGGACCCUAUCUAUAGUGAGCUCCUCACACGAGUCAAGGAGGCCCCAGAGACCGAGCUGAACUACCGCACUACUGGAGGGUUACUCUUCGAGAAGACUAAUGUCUUUGACCGGUUGUGCAUCCCCAAUAGCAAAGAGAUCCGUAGUCUGAUUCUGGGGGAAUGUCACGACAUAGAGGGUCAUUUCGGUUGGCAAAAGACUUUGGCCAAUCUAAUGCGCGCGUAUACUUGGCCAGGGAUGAAGAAUGACUGCGUAGAGUAUGUUCGCAGUUGCAAAGUUUGUCAGCGUAAUAAGAGUUUUACUCGCGCCUCGCUAGGUCUUCUCAGACCUUUGCCCAUUCCGGAUCAGUCGGGAGACUCAGUGUCAAUAGAUUGCAUGGACACUCAAGUCAAGAGCAGGCAUGGCAAGAGCCAAGUCAUGGUCAUAGUUGACCGCUUUAGCAAGUACGCAGUUUUUGUUCCUUUGCCUUCUGAGGCGCGUACUGAUUUAGUCAUACAGAGGGUGCGAACGCAUAAUCCAAAGGGAAAUCGAGAUAGGGGAGAAUUAUCUAACGGGGUUGGCUCAACUAUUCGAGGAGCCUACCGAACCAGAAGGGCCACGAGGGCGAGAACGGAACACGCACCCACAGGCCUAGAGCUUAAGGCAACCAAGGUGGAGGUCAUACGCAAUUGGCCUCAACCCGUGAAUGUUCGCGAACUGCGCUCUUUUCUUAGUCUCGCGUCAUACUAUCGGAAGUUUGUACCCCGCUUCUCCAUUGUUGCGGGUCCAUUGUCUCGACUGACAAGUAAGAAUGUUCCCUAUUCUUGGGAUACCGCGUGCACGAACGCCUUUCAAGCUUUGAAAGACACCUUGGAAGUUCGCGGGAACACGAGGGUGAUAACCAAGGUCGCAAUAGUAAGGCGAGAUCCCCUUGGCUGGCGAGACGGCGUGGUUGUAGGCUAUCUCCGCGUGGGCAAGAUGGAGAUUCCAUUGUUGGUCGUCACAAACAAUCUUUCGGUGAAUAUCUUUAAGAGUUUUGUUCGUGACCUUGGUUUGACCAUCAGUCUGGGGGUGGUAAGAGGAGGAGAAGCGGAACUGGGUGCCGUACACCUUGUGGAGCCGUCGCCAGAAUCGGCUGAAAACUCGCGGGUCUCAGGGGUGGAGAGGGUGCGAGGGUUUCCACAACAGUGUGGUCUCGAUGUCCCGCGGUCUGGUGUGAUGGGUGGCGAGGCAGAACGUCCUGCACAGGGCGUGGGCGAGGGAGAGGAUGCCCAGCGUUCUGCGGAGGGAGAUGUUGCGAGAGAUGGGGAGGGUGUGGGUGUCGCGGAGGGGGACGAGGCGGACUUCGACGUCGAGGCACGCAUACAGCACAUGAUGGAGCCUGCACACUGUGUGGCGUUCUUACUGAACCCCCACCACCGAGAUAUUAAGUACUUCUCUGUGCAGCUUAACCGGUACCACACUUGGCUUGUUCGACAAGCCAAGAGGUAUCUGUUGUCUCAGACGGGCUUCGACGAGGGGGGUGCUCGUUACCUUGAGAUCAUUGCAUCGGGGGACUUGGAGAGGGUGGGUGUUCAUAGCGGGGCACCAAUGAUGGAGGAGAGGGAAAGACGAGCGGAGGAGCACGGAGUCGUCGGAGCGGGCGGAGUUGAGGGUAUUCGGGGUAUGGCGGAGGAGGCAGGUGGAGCACUGGAGAUGAGGUUGUCGUCCACGUUGGAGGAGAGACCAGGGGGGGACGAUAGAGCGCAGGUUGGCGUAGAUGAGCAAGGGGGGGACUUGGAGGAGGUGGGUGUACAUAGCGGGGCGCCACUGAUGGAGGAGAGGGUGCGACGAGCGGAGGAGCACGGAGCCGCCGGAGCGGGCGGAGUUGAGGGUAUUCGGGGUAUGGCGGAGGAGGCAGCUGGAGCAGUCGAGAGAGAGGAGGUCAUGGCGAGGGUCCAUGAUGGUGAGCAGGUUGAGAGAGUGGAGGCCGUGGCAGGGGUACACGAUGGUGAUGCGCAGGUUGAGAUGGAGGAGGACGUGGUGAGGGCAGAUGCUGCCGCGUUGGUUGGGGCAGAUGAGGGCAUGGCAGGGGGGGACUUCGCCCAUGGAAGAGGAGAGGGAGAGGACCACCUUGACCUGAUCGUCCAGCGUUUCAUCGAUGACGAGAUGGGUCCCGCACUAGCGGGUUUGACCCCGGGCACGAGGAGGGCAUUGGGGGUGUCAACAUUAGGAGAUAGGGAGGCGUCUAGGCUGGGGAUGGGGGAUUUCAUGGAUAUGUCUUUGGGGGGUCCUCCCAACCCUCGUGACGCGGAGAGAGAGGAUACGGUGUGUGCCGUGGCGGCCGCGGGUUUCUUCGCAGAGGAGAUCGGGCAUGCAUUUGCAGGACGGUUUAGGAGAGAGAGAGACACGCUUGAGCAGUGGUGCGAGGAGGUACGAGAGCAGCCUCGGGAGGAGCGUGGGGAUGCACCCGCAACAGAUAUCACUAGAGCUCCCCGUUCCUUGGUGCGGUUCACAGGCCUGCAGCUGAUGACAACGUCGUGGCCAGUUCGACCAUGUGUCCAGGGGUUUGGUCCUGGGGUGGUGGCAUCUAUUGAGGUACCACCGGUCAGAGUCUUGGAUUUAGGAUCUAAGCCAGCGCUUCAGACACCGGUUAGUGGGCGGCGAGCUCCUCAGGAUACAGCUCGCCCAUUGGAUUUGGCGGAGCUCGCACGGGCUGCUGUGUGUGACGUCACACGGCAGGAGGACACCGACCUUAAAAGACCACUCAUGCCGCCUCCUCCUCCGAGAUCACGUCACAGCGAUCCCCCCUCGACACCAACCGCUUUGGCAGCAGCAACACGUGCUGUGCGUGAACAGACCCCACGCAAGAGUGGAGCAGCUCGUCCGCGUCCCAUGCUUGCGGCGGGGGGUGCCGCAUUGGGGGAGUUUUCUGGAGCCGAGGGGUUGGGCAUGCCACGCGGUUCAUGUCGUGAGAAGGCAGUCGCAGAGGUGACUCAGGUGAGUGCUAGGGUUGUUCAGAUGAGGACGGGGGCUGACCCUGUAACCGUGGUGGAGGACGAUCCCAAGACGGAGCCGGCACGUGAGCAGGCCCCACAGGAUGACGAGUACAGGGACGACGAGGAGAGUGAGGAGGAGGAGAGUGACACCAGGGAGGAUGACGACGACGACGACGAACCCUCCCCUCCACCGCAACGUGGUUCUCGUAGACGACGUCGCUCUAGUAGACGACGCAAUGACGUCGACGACCCGUCCCCUCCAGGGCGGCAGGAGACGAGGAGUCGGAGGAGGCGAGGGUGAUCCGUUGCGACCACGCCGGAGCGAGGGAGUGUUUCAUCGACACGCAACAAGGGCGGGGAGAGGCAGAGAGGCAGUGGUAAGGGGAAGGGAGGUCGAGGGUAUUGAGAGUUUCCUUCCCCUUCCAUGUCGCCUUUAUGUUGUUUGUGAUCAGUGUUCUGACCUUUUUGUACAUUGUUUAUGAUGAUGUACAUAUAGUUAGGUUUUAGGCACUUAGGACUAGUUCAUGGACUUCAAUAUGCAGGUAGUGUCGUCGAGAGUGUUUGUUUUUGUACUUUUCUGGCUUAUGUACGGCGUUUUCAUAUUGUUUUUUAGUUAUUGGGUUUUUGUUAGAGGUGGGACUUCAUUCCGACUCGCCGUAUUACGUAG